GUGUCAGCUUAGCCACAGGCUGUGGGUCUGGCUGGGCCAGGCCUCCUUGUCUGUUAUCUGGUCCAGUAGAAGCUGUUCUGCCUGCUUGGCCCUCUUCUUUGGCAGCUUUUGUUAUGCCCUUGUUAGACAUUAUGGGUCAUUAUAGCCUUGAUGCAGAUACCAUCUCCCCUUGGUGGAAGAAAUGAACCUGCAAGGCUAGUAAGCCGUAGCUGGGCAGUGAGUGGGCUGCCUUGAGGACACCACCUCUGGGGCCAUACUAAGCUAUCCUUAGCAUUCCCUUUCCUACAUAGGCCAGGCUUGCUCCCAGGCUAACUUCAGCCUACAAGGGGCAGCCUGAUCUCCAGUGACAAAGGAAACAGGUCUGGCCUUUGUGUGAUACACUCCAGCAUGGGGCUAGGCAUUGACCCCAGGUGUGCCAGGUCUGGCAGCCACACGUUAGCCCUGGUCAGAAUUGGGGCGGGUUGGUGGAGGGCAUGGCCUUCUGCACGGCUCAGGCUUCUUGUGCCAUGAGGAACCCCUUCCCAUCUGUAAAUGUGGGUGUGUGUCCUGGUGACUGUGAGUGAUGAGGGGGUGGUGAACGAGCUGGCCACACAGGUCCUGCGGCCUCAGGCCUCCUUGUUGCCCAACAGGCGGCUGGGAGUGGGCCACACUGCUGUUUAAAGGCUGCCUGGAGCAGCCUGUGUGGAGACUGUGCCAGCAGUCCAGGAAGCCGGCCAGCGACUACCCAGCUUGAGGCCUUGCCAUCCUCGUGAGAACAUCACCAUGUCUGAGACGCUCCGGGCUGAGACCUUUGUUUUCUUGGACCUGGAAGCCACUGGGCUCCCCAGUGUAGAGCCUGAGAUUGCCGAGAUAGCCCUCUUUGCUGUCCACCGUUCUUCCCUGGAGAACCCAGAGCAAGAUGCAUCUGGCACCCCAGUGCUGCCACGUAUCUUGGACAAGCUCACACUGUGCAUGUGCCCUGAGCGCCCCUUCACCACCAAGGCCAGCGAGAUCACCGGCCUGAGCAGCGAAAACCUGGUGCGUUGCAGGAAAGCCAGCUUCGAUGGUGCUGUGGUGCAGACACUGCAGGCCUUCCUGAGCCGCCAGGCGGGCCCCAUCUGCCUUGUGGCCCACAAUGGCUUUGAUUAUGACUUCCCACUGCUGUGCACUGAGCUGCAGCGCCUAGGUACCUACCUGCCCCAGGACACUGUUUGCCUGGACACACUGCCUGCACUGCGGGGUCUGGACCGUGCCCACAGCCAUGGCACCCGGGCCCAGGGACGCAAGAGCUAUAGUUUGGGCAGCCUCUUCCACCGCUACUUCCAGGCUGAGCCGAGCGCGGCUCAUUCUGCUGAGGGUGAUGUGCACACGCUGCUCCUUAUCUUCCUGCACCGUGCUGCAGAGCUGCUCACUUGGGCGGAUGAGCAAGCCUGCAGCUGGGCCCAGGUCCAGCCCAUGUACCUGCCGCCUGAUGCCCCACACACUGAGGCCUGAGUGUAGGAGCAGCAGACAGCUCAGUUGGGCCUUGAGAAUAGCCUUGCUGUUCCUCCCCCAGCUCUUGGUGGACAACCCCAGGUCCCUGCACUUGGCCCCACCAGCCAUGUAGCCCAGAGCCUUCCCCGAGUCCUCCCCCCCCAACAUGGCCACACUACAGCCUUCACCGUGCU